CUCACUGCGCAGACGCCGAGCUGUUUCCAUGGCGGCGAGGACCCACGCGCCCCAACCGACAGGCAACUGUCCGGUCCCAGACUUCAGUCUCGCAGGAGUCUGUCCUUCCAAAGUGCGUCAUCUCCUCCGCCCCAACCGCUGCCCGAAGUCAGUCAAAUCCUGGCCCCAACAUGGGCGACCUGGAGCUGCUGCUGCCCGGAGAGGCUGACGUACUGGUGCGAGGUUUGCGCAGUUUCCCGCUGCGCGAGAUGGGCUCUGAAGGGUGGAACCAGCAGCACGAGAACCUGGAGAAGCUGAACAUGCAAGCCAUCCUUGAUGCCACUGUCAGCCAGGGAGAGCCCAUCCAGGAACUGCUGGUCACCUAUGGGAAGAUCCCGACACUGGUGGAAGAGCUAAUCGCAGUGGAGAUGUGGAAGCAGAAGGUGUUCCCUGUGCUAUGCAAAGUGGAGGACUUCAAGCCCCAGAAUACUUUCCCCAUAUACAUGGUGGUACACCAUGAAGCCUCCAUUAUCAACCUCCUAGAGACUGUGUUCUUCCACAAGGAGGUAUGUGAGUCAGCAGAGGACACCAUCUUGGACCUGGUAGAUUACUGCCACCGCAAACUGACACUGCUGGUGGCCCGAACUGGCCGUGGUGGCCCCCAUGAGGAAGAAGGGUCCCAGGACAAUACCCCUAUGCAGGAGCUGCAGAAGCAGGCAGAGCUAAUGGAAUUUGAGAUCUCACUGAAGGCCCUUUCAGUGUUGCGCUACAUCACAGACUGUGUGGACAGCCUUUCCCUGAGCAUCCUGAGUCGAAUGCUUAGCACCCACAACCUACCCUGCCUCCUGGUGGAACUGCUGGAGCACAGUCCCUGGAGCCGGCGGGAAGGAAGCAAGCUGCAGCGAUUCGAGGGUGGUCAUUGGCAGACAGUAGCCCCCUCAGAGCAGCAAAAGCUGAGCAAGUUGGAUGGGCAAGUGUGGAUCGCUCUGUACAACCUGUUGCUAAGCCCAGAGGCCCGGGCCCGCUACUGCCUCACGAGCUUUGCUAAGGGACAGCUACUCAAGCUUCGGGCCUUCCUAACAGACACACUACUUGACCAGUUGCCCAACUUGGCAGACCUACAAAGUUUCCUGGCCCACCUGACCCUGGUCGAAACCCAGCCUCCUAAGAAGGACCUGGUGUUGGAACAGAUCCCAGAAAUCUGGGAGCGGCUGGAGCAAGAGAAUAGAGGCAAAUGGCAGGCAAUUGCCAAGCACCAACUUCGGCAUGUGUUCAGCCCCUCUGAGCAGGACCUUCGGCUACAGGCACGAAGGUGGGCUGAGACCUACAGACUGGAUGUGCUAGAAGCAGUGGCUCCAGAGAGGCCCCAUUGUGCCUACUGCAAUGCAGAGGCAUCCAAGCGCUGCUCAAGAUGCCAGAAUGAGUGGUAUUGCUGCAGGGAGUGCCAAGUCAAGCACUGGGAGAAGCAUGGGAAGGCUUGUGUCCUGGCAGCCCAGGGUGGCAAAGCUAAGUGAGGGUUGCAGCCGCUGAGGGCCGUCCAAUACAACCCACCCAGAGUGCACUCCUGAACCUCAGGAUCUCUGUCUGCUCUCUGCCCCUCUGCCGGACCCCAAUCUCCCUGGUGGUGAGCACAGCUGGUUCAAGAAGAGCUGCUGAGCCACACACACACCCCACGAGUGAAGGCUCCCCACUUCCUGCAACCCGGCAUAUAGGCGGAGGGCAAGGCCACAGUCUCAGCAAACCAGGGCAGGAGGCCUGGGUGGUGGGGCGUGGGCCGGAUGUGGGGACCCUCUUCCUCUAACACAGUAAAGUUAACCCCUCGAAACAUGCCUGUCU